UCGAGGUCAUGGCUGCGUUUUGCGACAGGGACUUAAACACGUAGAAACUGGGUCAGAUAAUAACGCUGUUUCGUGUGUUUACAGUUUUUUAGGACACCCAGGUGAAAAUACGGCGGAGAGACAUCUCUUAAGGAGGGUGUUUCCACGGUAAACGUCAUGGCAACUAUUCGAAUUUUGCAACAAGGAAUACGAAAAUCCGCGGUAGCUGGGUAUCGAGGGCGUAUUCAUCCGAUUGCUGGUGUUGCUCUAAACAAGGAUUGGAACUCCUCGUUCGCGACAAGGACAUUUACGACAUCGUCGAAUAAUGGACAACAACGGUAUCACAACUGGAGGGAAUCGGCUGCUUUAUUGGGUACAGCAGCUGGGCUUGUUGGUCUGACAUUAAUAGCCAAAUCCAAAAAUGACUCUCAUCUUGCCGCAUCAUCCGAGGAGCGUGAACCAGGAUCUAUCGUUCCCGACUUACCUACCUACACUUUAUCAGACGUCAGUAAGCGUAAGACAAAAGAAACAAGAAUCUGGAUGACCUACAAAAAUGGAGUUUAUGACGUGACAGAUUUCGUAUCGAACCACCCAGGGGGGAGUAAGAUUCUUUUAGCCGCUGGUGGUGCCAUGGACCCUUUCUGGAGCAUGUACGCUGUACACAAAAACAAAGAAGUGUUUGAAAUGCUUGAAGAACUUCGUAUCGGCAAUAUUACAGAAGUCCCCGAAGAGGAGGAGCGUGAUGCAAGCAAUCCGUACGCAAAUGAUCCUAAACGACACCCCGCCUUGAAGCCAAGUUCAUCAACCCCUUUCAAUGCUGAACCUCCUCUCCAGCUCCUCCCUGACAACUUCCUCACGCCGAAUGACCUGUUUUUUGUACGUAACCACCUUCCUGUUCCAGACGUGGAUCCAAAGACGUACAAGCUAGAAGUUGGAAUUGAUGGAGCAUCUCGAACAAAGAGUUUAAACCUCAGUGAGUUGAAGAAUCGCUUUCAGAAGAAAUCUGUAGCCUCCAUUGUACAAUGUGCUGGAAACAGACGGAGCGAAAUGGUCAAGAUCAAACCUGUGAAGGGAUUAAACUGGGGUGCAGCUGCCAUUAGUAACGCAGAAUGGUCCGGGGUAUGUCUUGACGAUUUGUUGAAGUAUUCCGGGAUUGAUAUAGACUAUGUUGAUUGCGAUCACAUCAUUUUUGACGGUUUGGAUCAGGACCCAACAGGCUCAAAAUACGGAGCAUCAAUCCCGAUCGAACUUGCUCGACGCCUCAAGAGGGACAUUAUUAUUGCUUAUGAAAUGAAUGGAGAGGACAUUCCCCGGGACCACGGCUAUCCCGUGCGAGUCAUUCUUCCCGGAAUCGUAGGAGCAAGACAGGUUAAAUGGUUGCACAAAAUAUUACUGUCAAAAAAGGAAAGUGAUUGCCAUUGGCAACAGAAAGAUUACAAAGGAUUCCACGCAUCCAUUGAUUGGCAUAACGUUGAUUUCAGUACGGUUCCCGCCAUUCAGGAGCUUCCUGUCAACAGUGCCAUCUGCGAGCCGGUAAAUGGAACAAGUCUAGAAGAAGGUGCAAACGAAGUAACGGUCAAAGGUUACGCAUGGAGCGGAGGCGGUCGUGGCAUCGUCAGAGUAGACGUGACAACAGAUGGAGGAAAGACCUGGCAUUCUGCAGAGCUGAAACAACCGGACCAGCCAUUGUACAAGACAUAUGCAUGGACGCUAUGGGAAACGACCAUUCCAUUGCCUGCAGACACAAGGGAUGUGGAAAUAAGAUGCAAGGCUGUUGACUCCUCUUACAAUGUACAGCCCGACAAUGUUGAUGGAAUCUGGAACCUGAGGGGUGUCCUUAGUAACGCUUGGUUCAAGGUCGAUGUCAAGGUCCCAGGCGAGGAACCUCAGGCAAAGAAAAAGUCAUCUUGGUGGUAAACAUCUGGAAUAAACUGUGAAGGUAAACCAUAGAGGGUCAAUAUCAAAGCCACACAUGGCAUACUUGCAGAAUUCUGUGAAUGGCCUGACUGAAGACAUCUGCACCUUCUAAAAUUUAAACUUUGUUGGAGAUAAUUGAUGAUAGAAUACUGGUCCAGAGGAAUCAUGUGAUUGGCUGUUGUCUUGUGAUAUUUUCAUAACAAUUCAACACAUAGCUUAUUAUCAUGUCACUGUUAUUCCGUUAAUGUCACUUUCUUUUCUUUAUAUGGGUGUAUAAUAGCCAACCAAUUUUUUCAAAGAUAUAUAUUAUUUUAUAUAAAUGGUAUAGUGGUACUUUUUUUAAAAGAACAGUAUUUCACUAAUGUAAGCUGAAAGCUGAAAAUCGGUUAUGGAAUGGAAGAAAAAUGUAUCGGUAUUGAGUAAAAUUAUUAUCAUAAUUUUUUUUUUGAUUUAACAGUUUUUUCAUAAGGCAAAUUGAUUUGACAGAAAAAAUGUCUGGUAUAAAAUUUGUAAUUAAUGCUGUCAGUAUUUUCUCUACCUAAUAUUUAGCUAUAGUGAUUUUAUUUUUAUAAAGUAAAACUGUGGUGUAAGAUUGAAGUGUGUUUGUAAUGAAACAGUAUUUUGAUCAUAAAAUUAAUGUGAUUAUUUUUUAUUUUAACUAUUUUGAUUAAAAUCGCACCGUGGUGUGAAACUUUUUAUGAACAAAUAGGUAUAAAUGUUAGUGACAAACAUUUUUCCUACAUUCUCAUUGGUUGUAUCAUAAUCAUGUGGAGGUUGGCAAGUUUUUAUAUUGACUCACUGUUACUAUUUUUAGAAAGAGUAGGUUAAUAUUCUCUUUGUGACAUCAUUUCAUUUGUAACAUCAUAAUACUUUCUGCCAAAUGCAGUAUUUUCCCAAGACAGUUUUCUUAUACAUUCUAUCUUGUUUAAUGAUUUAAGAAUUUUUCAGCAUCCAAUAUAACAAUUACUGGACUUUUUUCAGUGAAUAUGUGAUUAUAUAGAUCUUUUUCAGGUCCAUAUACAUGUAACACAUAUUUACUUCAACAACAGUGUGUCAUUGAUAAAUGGAUUUCGUUGUUACAGCAAAGCUGUAUCUAUAUGUAAUUUAGUGAAUAUUCGUAUCAAGUACUUUAUAUCACAUAAGAGUUCAGGCUUGUUGGUGCCUUGAAUGUUUGCUCUGAAGUUACAUAUAAAUGUACGUUAUAAUUAAAAAAUAUGAAACCUUUUUGGAAAAUACAUAUUUACGUUUAUGUUAUUCUAUAUGUACCCAGUAGGAAUGUGUCCCCCCAAACAUUGACGGUAAAAGCUUCACUAUACUGCCAAUAUUUGUCAGAGGUUUUUUUGGCAGUAUAAAGAAGUUUGCUGAUACAUGUAUAUGAAGGGAAACAAAACAGUUCAAAAAAUGAAGGGGAAAAAGUGCCAGAUGAAAUAGAUAGUGAUAUUCCGUCUUUGCGUAUUGCAGAGUUAUCUUCUCUUGGGAGCAGGUAUUGAUUGUUACGUCAUUGGUUUG